GCAGUGUGUGUGCAGCAGCAUCAUCCUACGGACCUGCGCCGCUUACUUUCAGUCGAGGCUGACUUUUCUCCCGCACAAAAAUAAAAAAUAAAAUAGAAUCAUCACAGAAUUAAAAAAAAACACACUAAAGAAAUAUUAAGCUACAAGUGGCUCGACAGAGGAGCAUUUUUAGUCGUCUGAAUCGCUUGUUUUUUUUCCGUCUUCGCAGGUUUUUGUGACCACUCCAGACAUCACACCGGACUUCUCCCGUUCACUCCGCACUCUCGCAAGGCAAAAUGGGGAAACAGAACAGCAAGCUGACCCCUGAAGUGAUGGAGGAUCUGGUGAAGAACACAGAGUUUAACGAACACGAGCUGAAGCAGUGGUACAAGGGAUUCCUGAAGGACUGUCCCACCGGCCGACUCAACCUGGAGGAGUUCCAGCAGCUCUAUGUCAAGUUCUUCCCUUACGGUGACGCAUCCAAGUUCGCCCAGCACGCCUUCAGGACCUUCGACAAGAACGGCGACGGCACCAUCGACUUCAGAGAGUUCAUCUGCGCGUUGUCCAUCACAUCACGAGGCAGCUUCGAGCAGAAACUCAACUGGGCCUUCAACAUGUAUGACCUGGACGGAGACGGCAAGAUCACACGGGUGGAGAUGCUGGAGAUCAUCGAGGCGAUCUACAAGAUGGUGGGUACAGUGAUCAUGAUGAAGAUGAACGAGGACGGCCUGACGCCCGAGCAGAGGGUGGACAAGAUCUUCUCCAAGAUGGAUAAGAACAACGACGACCAGAUCUCGCUGGAGGAGUUCAAAGAGGCGGCCAAGAGCGACCCGUCCAUCGUAUUACUGCUGCAGUGUGACCUUCAGAAAUAGGCCGGAGGGCGAGCGGAGCGCUCCACCAGCCGCCACGGACUGCACAGAAAGAAUUUCAUGUUCCAUUCAGUUUGCAGCUAUUUCCACUGAAAAAAAAAAUAUAUGCUUGGACUACCUUUCAAUGGAUCUGCUUCUUGUGUUUGAAACACUCGUGUGCAUGAGAAUGUUAUUUGCUAUAAAAAGAUCUACACACAACAUACAAGAGUGUGCGGGUGCAAGAGUGCGGGUGCACACUUACACCACAGACAGAUACACUAACAGAACACACACACAUGCAUACACAGUCUCUCACUACAUAUUAACACCUCGCACAAAUAAUAUAUAUAGAUAUAUAAAUAUGAAUAUAUAUUUAAAUUAUUUAAAGAUCAACUGCCAAAAUGUGAAGUGUGCAAAGUAUUUUCCAUACAGUUUCAUUUUACUGGAGCUUGCGCAUCAGUGAUGUGCUACGUUGAAUUUGCCGCUACUCUAUUUAUUGUUCCGAGUUUACUGAUGCUAGCUGUAUGUGUUUCAUAAUACUGAGUAACGUCAACCGAACCAAAUUCCUAUGAUAAUGUAUCCGCCUCCAAUACAACAGUCUAUCCAUCGUCUCGAAUAUUAAAUUAACUCUAGAAGAGAUGGAUUAGCGUUUGUCCAACUUUUCCUUCCAAAACAUGCUUGUACCGUCGGUAAAAUAAAAAAAAAAUAAAGUAAAUGUAGUUAAUUUGCAUGCCUUUAGGUUCUGCCUUAAAAAGCUCCUCCUUUUGCAUCCUGUAAUGGAAGACAGAAAGCCUUAUCAAAGCAGCGCGGCGACACUUGUAGGUGGGAGAGGGAGGGAGAAAAAAAAAUCAUACUGCAGUAGGUCCUUCUACAGGUAUCGUCGUGUGGGAUGUAACUCGUGUGAUCUGUCGAGGUGUUUUCUUUUGACUGCUUUAACUGUGGGAGCAUGUUUCCUUGUAGAUUAGCUGUAGUAUAUGUUGCUAAGAAAUAAAUUUCCUGCCCCUGCAUUUAAAAACACACUAUCUCAUUACAAAUUAGGAGAUGUUGCAAGUGGAUGAAUAAAUCAUUUUGAGACUAUCAGAGAUUUAAAAAAAAAAAAAAGAAAAAAAAAAAAGGAGCUAAACUGAUUAGUCUUUGAGAGAGAGAUCGAACAUUUAAAACAGGAUUCUCCGGAGAAUGAAUGAAGCUUCCAUUAGCUGGAGUUAGAUUACAUUAGAAACAAGGCAAAGUAUUCAUCUAUAGUUGGAGAGCAUCGUUAUCAAACUUAGUUAUAACUUAAUGUGUCACCACAUCCACUUAUUUCCAAUUAGCCUGCAGGCUGCAUAUCAAUAUGAUGAAUCGAGAGGAGUGUUUUUUUUUUAGACUCUUUGAGUGUUAAAAUAAGAGCAGAAAUAAAGGCCAGUGCAGCAUUUUAACUUUCUUGUUUGUCUUUUUCAGUGGAAGUAAAUGAGUGCUAAAGUAGAGAGAGGAGCAGUGAAAGGCGUUUCAUUACACACUGUAACUACUAGAGGGCAGCCCUAACUGUAAAGCCAUGUGUUUAGUAGGUUGAACAAUUCACCCUCCCCAACCUCCCCCCUCAAAGUAUUUCUCUCAAUCAGUCAAUCUUUUGUACUUUUUUACUCCCUUCUCUCACACAUUGUACACGUACUAAUGUAUACUAAAUGUAGAGAAGUUCAGUGAAGAGUGGUACCUCCUAGAAAAUGAUUCGGAAAUAACCUCUAAGCUCACCUGUGUCUUUAACUAGGUUUACCUGGCUCUGUCUGAAAGCACCACACACACACACUUUCCAAACCUGUAUUAAUACUACCAGUGUUUUAAGAGCUAAAGGGGGCUAAAGGAGAUGUGAUAUGUCAUAAUAGACAGUAUUGCAAUAAAGAGCUAGCAUACCAGUCAUCAUCGUCAUCUCUCAGCAGCGUGGCUUGUCCCUGUCAAGUUUUUAAUCUGAACUUCUUUACAUGAACAUCUUUGGCCAGACAAUGUUUCUAAUUACAACCCUGUUAUUGCUAUCAAGAUACCAAAUGUAAGCAAAGGCAACCGUGUACAAGGAUUCUUUUGUAGCAUGUAUUGUGUCCCUGACGACAUGGCUGCACUACUCCCUGUGUUGUGAUUUAAUCUAAUAAAAGGAACUCUAUGGGC